CCGAAGAAAGCUGUGAGGAGUAUUCCGUGUCUGUUACUGUUGUAGUUUGGUCCUGUUGUUAUUUGAAAGCAUUGUGGCAAGGCAGUGAUCUUUCGAAACAUUUCCAUCUCCCAAAGUUCGUGUUUCUGAGGAAGGAAAUUAAGUUUUCGUGAAACAGAAUUUUCCAGUGAUGGCCGAUGUUGCGAAAACUGUGAAGGUUGUAAGUAACAGCAGCGCUUGUGGAGUGUCUUUGUGUGAACUAACAUCGAACAACAUUGAAGCAGAUUCCCUUGACAUUCAUAACAGAUCAUCCAGUAACCCAGAUUCGACUGAUCUAACACUGAACCUCCCUUCACCUGACGAGGAAACAAGUUUACAAGAACUAAUUGAAUCAGAGUUAGCUUUGCGUAAAGAAUUGAUAGAGUCUCAGUUCUCUCCCAGAUUCUCAAGUUAUGCAGAUACUGUGGGGGAAGUUGACGGUACAGACGCCAUUGGUGUGAAACAGAUAGACAGUUCCCCAGUGAAAUCCUCACCAACAAUUCUCUUUGCUGAGAAUUGUGAUGAAGCAGAUUAUGAAGCCCUUGAUGUGAAUACACAGUUCAUUUUGGCUGAAAGGAAUCAUUCAUUCCAGACUUUUACUGGAAAUGAUAUGUUCUUUUUCAAUACACUUGAUGACACGCAAAUGAAUGGAAUUGAUCCAUGCUUGAAAGAUGAACAAGACCUAGCAGAUCCAUUCCUUGAAGAAGAACCUAAUAUAGUUGAGUCAGAAAUUGAAAGCACACAAGAACCAAAUGAAAUAGAAACUUGCUCAAUAUCAUACCCAGAAGCUGUUGAUGAAUGCCUUCAUGAAUCAUCAGAAUCUGAUUGUGUAACAGACUCCUCAGUCUUGAAAGACGGAAUUGAUCAGAUUACGCUUUCAACAUUUGAUCCUUUCACUACAAUAGUUGACAGCAGCAAAUCCGAGCCAAUUGAUAACCCAGAUAUUGUUGAAACACCCUCGAGUGAGUGUGCAGAUUCUGACUUUAUUUGUAUACAAGCUGAUAUAAGCAAUGAUGAUCUCAUAAAUGGGACUGGUAGUAAAUCUGUUGGGGGGGUUCAUCCAUCACAAAAUUUGGAUGAAUCUUUAGGUGCCUGUGAUUAUGUCGAGACAAUGCCUGAGGAAGUCCUUCUGGAUGAGGGUAUUCCUACUAAUGAUGUUGUAAGUGUUAAUGUGAGUAACAGCAUGGAAGAGUUUGAGUGUGGUAGCAAUGGUCUUUUGCAGUCAGUAGGUCGUGUGGUUACUAAUGUGUUUGAUACUGUGGAUAUUGACGAUGAUGAAAUUCCUGUAACCCCCGAGGAAGCCACUUCUAAAGUAAUGGAAGAAUCGGUUAAUUAUAAGGUGAUUAUUCCAGAAAUUGAUAUAAUUCCACCUGAUGACAAUGAAAUAAGCGAAAGUGAACUAGUUUCAAAUGAAGAACUAAGUAUUGCCAGUGAUGGACAUGGUCCAGAAGUUGAGUUGACCAAUGGUUUAGCUGAAGAUGAGUUUGCGAAUUGGACAACAGUUGCUGAGGCUCUUGAAACUGAAGAGGAAACACGCCAGAUAUCAGAAAUUCCUGAAGACUUGGGCCCUGCUGAUACUGAUGUUCAUGUGCAUGCUGAUGAUAUAGUCCCAGAAGUGUGUUCUCCUAAAAACACUGACUCCUCAUACUCUGAUUCUGAGAAGAGUGAGUUCGUGAUGACAAAGACAGCUGAAAAGAAGACUAAAAAGAAGAAGAGUGAGGGAGAAGAUACCAUAAAAAUCAAGAAAACAAAGAAGACCAAAAAAUCUGAUCCAGAGAAAGAAAAUAUCUCUGUGGCAAACUCAGGACUAACUCAUGUGGGCAGUGUUACAAAUAAUGAGGUCGAAAUGUCUCCCAAAGAGUGCAUACAUGCAGAUGGAAAAAUUAUGGAUGAUGAUUUGUCCAGUGUUUCUGUCAAAGUAUUGAAGUCAACUUAUGCAAACCAGAAUCACGCUUGGCCUUCGAAGGAAAUGAUGAAAGAAAUAGAUGAAGAUAUUCAACUCUGUGGACCAAUUCAAUCACUGAAACAAACUUACUGUAACCAGGCACAGAAAACUUACAGAAAACAAGACAAUCCUGAAAAGAAGGAAGUCAUAGAGACUGGCAUCUCAAUUAAAGAACUUAGACGAAGUUUUGGUGACCUGAGCACUCUGUGUGACGAGGAAGAUGCGGAGGUAAGAGAUCAGGAUUGUGUCCUCAACGGUGUAGAUGUGAGAUCUCGCUAUCUGGGAGGCAUGUACAGCAUAUCAGAUUCUUUCCAAACUAACAGCAACUACAGUAGCAUGGACUUGAGAAAGAAACCAAUUGUUACACGUGUCUCUGUCAGGGCCCUUAGAGCCAAUUACUGCAACUUGGUGAACUUACCUGCUGAAAGUAAGCAGCAGCAGAAAUCCAGUUUCUCGAAAUUUGACCAGCUGAGCAAGAAGACUGUUCUCCAUGUCCGUUCUGUUGAUGCUGCCAAAGUUCAGAAGCAGUUUAAUCAGACUGCAGAAUCGGCCCCAGAACAGACAAGCAAUUGCAAGUCAUGUGGGAAGCAAGUUUUCCAGAUGGAGCAAGUGAAGGCUGAGCGUGCAGUUUGGCACAAAAACUGCUUUCGCUGUAAGGAGUGUAACAAGCAGCUCACUGUUGAUAUCUACAGCAGCCAUGAGGGCCAGGUAUACUGCAAACCUCAUUUUCGGGAACUUUUCAAGCCCAAAGCUGUCGUGGAUGAGGAUGCUGAGCUGCCUCGGCUACGAAAACCAGAACUGAUCAUCCGUGAAAAUCAACCAAUUGAAUUACCUCCUGAAGUAGUAAGAGCGUCAGACAAGCCUGAUCUGGGAUUGGAAGAAUUGAGUACUCUCAAUGUAAAAUCUCGAUACCAGGUGUUUGAGAAAUCUGAGACAACAGGUGGUUCUGAAUUGGAGCGGUCACCAAGCUCUGUCGGUGUGAAGCGGUCUCCCAGUAUUCUCAGCAAGCUGGCUAGGUUCCAAGCUAAGGGAAUGGAUAUUGGAGUAACAGAUGACUCUCUUAAUGGAAUUCCAUAUGAAGAAAGUUCAACCUCUAGUGAUGAAGAGGAAGAGGUUGAGGGAGAGGAAGGGGAAGCAGACAGAGAGCUGAUUCGCUCCAAUAGGAAACAACGUGAACGACCUGUCAGCUUCAGUAAGAUGGAGGAUAUCAAGUGUCGAUGGGAGAGUGGUCAGGCUGCAUGGCGGGAGGAGCAGCGACAGGAGAGGAAACAGGAGAUUCAGAAUAUUCGUUCAAGACUCUUCUUGGGUAAACAAGGGAAGAUGAAGGAAAUGUAUGAACAAGCUGUAAAGGAUAGUGAAAAUAUGACAACAAAGAAAGAAGUUGGUGUCCGUUCCGAGAAAGCUAAGAGCAUUAAGGAAAAAUUUGAACGUGGAGAAGUCCUGCCGGAUGACGAUGCUGCUGAAGAAGAUGAUCGCUCAAAGAAGGGCAUGGAAGAGGAUAUGAGUGUCUUUGAAGCAGGUAUAUCAAAGAAAUCGCGUAGCCUGUUCUUGGAGCUGGAUGCUACUGCUGUCAAAACUCAGCAACAGCAACAGCAGCAGCAGCCUCUGUUGUCUCCACUGAAAUCUCCACUAACUAAAGAUGACCCUCGAAGAAGAUUGAGAGAGACAGUUCUUCUCCGCCAACCCUCAGAAGACGUGGUGCGAUCUAGUGAUUUCAUUGAGGAUGUAAAAGUGGAAACAGCUGAAGUUAGCAACAAGUUUAAGUUCUUUGAAACUUACAAAGCACCUGAAAAAGAGAGGAAACAGUUCCGCAUCACUCCUCCCCGAGAAGGGCAGGUCAAGGUUAGCUCUCCUGAUCGUGAAAUCUACAGGGAUCCUGAUAUUGUACGCAGUGAAGAUAAGUUAGAGGAUGAUGAGGUGAUGAAGACAAACACAGCCAAGAAAAUGCUUUCUAUCUUCAGGCAGCUGGAAGAGAAUGCAUCCAAGGAAGACAUCCCAGAUGGACCAAAGCCCUUGAAGCGCUUCACACCCCCGCCAGAUUACAGACGAGAUUCUGGCUCAUCAGAAGAGGAAACAGAGUCUGAAGAGGAGGAUGAAGAUGAGGAAGAAGAAGAAGAAGAAGGUGAUGUGAACCCAAACAUCGUCAGGUCAUCAGACAAGAUUGAGGAUGAGUUCUUGAAACAGGCACAGAAUGCUGCCAGAGCAAAGGCACUAAGAGCAAAAUUUGAGCGUUGGGAGGAGAAGGAAAACAGAGCUAAUGCAAAUGCAGCAACAAAUGCCAGCCAUGCUGUUGGAAAUUUGAAUGGUUCACUUGAGCUCGAUCAGUCAUCUGAACACACAAGUAUCGACACUACAAAGUCACUCCGAGCCCGAUUUGAAUCUCUCAAGAACGAGUCACAACAACCGAAAGAGAGGAUUCCACGACCCAAGGUCAACAGAUUUGUUGAAAUCCAAACAACAUGUGCGGAAUUUUGUUCAUUUUGUGAAAAAAAAGUCUACCCACUUGAGAAGGUGGAAACAGGGGGCAAAUUGCUUCAUAAACAGUGCUUCAGGUGUCUCCAGUGUAACUGCAUACUGAGAAUGGAGACAUACACUUUGAACAAUGGCAAACUUUACUGCAUUCCUCACUUCAAACAGUUAUUUAUUGCGAAGGGAAACUAUGAGGAAGGUUUUGGCUUGGACCAACACAAACGCAAGUGGAGCAACAGGAAUAACAGUGAAGAUGAUCUUCUCAACAGCUUAAAUAGUAGCCCAGAGAACUAACAGACAGACGGAUACCAUACUUGAUCCUAGAUAACACUCAACCUCAUCACAUUUAGAUGUUAAAUAGUGGUUAUAGCAGAUGCAAAAGGUUGGUUAUAGGAGGAUGUGUUGCAUAUACAGUGACGUAUUUUAUAUAAUAUAAUGGAAGGAGCUUUUUGGGUGCAGGUAAAUGUUAGAAUGAAAAUUAACAAAACUUCCUUAUUUUAGGUGCAAGAUACAAAUUGAACUUCUGAGACAAAACCAGAGUAAUUCUAACCUAGAAAUGCAACACAUCUUCCUUGCAGAAUAAUGGGAUGCAAUUACUUUAAGGUAUACAUUUUUGCCUUAGGUAUGUCAUAUAUUUCAUGUGAAGUAGUGCAUGUAAAACGUGUGCUUGCUUUUCAAUAAGAUUUUUAUUUACACAUUUUUUAAUACUUUCUACAUGCAGGAUAUUGCAAAAAUAUUACUCAGAUUGUUUAUUGUUUUGAUGAACUAUUCUUUUAAACGCUGCUUAUGAAAAUUAGUUACUAGCAAUCAUUGGAGUAAUUCCAGCCCUUAAUAUUUUUGGGUUUUAUUGCCAUAUUCAAGUCAUCCAACUUAUGUGAUAGAUAUUUAUGCAUCCAGUUUACUGAUGCAGGGAAACAUAUUCUAUAUGAAAUAGACCUAUUAUAAAGCCAUUACUGAACUUGGAAAUAUUUUGUAAUAGAUUUAUUUGUAGUUGUUUACUGUCCACCAUGCAACAAUAACAAGAACUAAAAUUCAGUCCUUUUAAAAUUUGUCAUUGCGCUACAUGCUUCAGCCUAUUUGGCCAUCAUCAAGUAUGUUGAAAUUGGGUGCUACUGCCAUGGAUUGCCAUGUAUGACCUGCAAAAAGUUAGUACAUUUGCAGAUAGAACUUAUUUAUAUGUCACAAUUUUUGUUGUUAACAUCAAUGCUGUGCAUCAACAUUUGAAAUGCUAAUCACAAUUUAAUAUGUACUGGAAUAAUAUGAAAGUGAUUCUGCAUGAUGCAUGAUUUCAGAUGGAUAUUCUGUCCUACUCAAAACACAGGAGUCUGCUGUUGAAACGCUAUACAAUUGGAGUUCAUAAAAUUCUCUAACAGCAGUGAUUCUUGUUGAUUAUAUACAUUGAAUAGAUUUUGUCCAGUAAUGCUAAAGAAGGAUGUUUGUGAAAACCAUUAACCAGCAAGAAAACACAUGUACACAUAUUGAUGUAAGUUGUAUUAAAACUGAGAUUGUGAUAUUCUUUUCAUGAACUUGGGCAGGUGGGGAAUUGAAAUUCACUCGUAUGUAAAUGCAUGGUAAUUUGUAACAUAAUUUCCUAUCUAAGCUCAUUAAUUACCUUAGUCUUAUAUAUUCAGUACAUUCCUUUAGCUGUUUAUUUUUAGUCUUGCAGAUGUGGGGUAAUAUGUUGUGUUUAUAAUGGCAAAAUAUUUGCUUUUCAAAUACAGCCCUGAUAGUGUGUGUGUGAUAUUUAAUGUGAUUUUCAGACACAGGAAGUUGCAGUUUAUUCACAAAGGUGGUACUGAAAGAGUUAAAAUAAUUUUAUGUGUUUACCCCUUACCUAAAUUUGAAUAAGAAAUGUUUGAAGCCAUAGGAUUAAUUUCAAAGGCAUUUACUAACCUUCUGAUGUUUUUGUACCCCAGUAUUCAAAACUGUUUUAGAUAUGGUGACAAAAGUAAUGAUUUACAAAGUGUGCCUUUGUUACUGGCCCCUACAUCAUUUACAUUCUAAAUAUUUAUGACAAUCAGUUGAACUGUUUGUUGUGAAUUAGUAUUUGUUAUAUUAGCAAGAAUAACAGCACUUUUUUAUUAGAGUGUAAACUUUUCUAUAUUUGCCUAUCCUUCCAGAAGUAUUGAACAAUAUUGAGUUCAGAUAUGAGUGAGGUGGAAGUUCUUUUAAAAUAUAUGUGUUAGGAUGCUGCUUCUUUGAAGAUGUAAAUUUAAAGUCAACUAAACAUUUAUUUAUAACCAUGACCCUGAAAUUCUUUUUAUUUGUAUUUUAUGUAACAUUUUGUCUUUUAUAAUAGUAUUUAUGAACAAUAUUAGUAUUUAAAGGUAAAGUGAUAUUUCUUUCUAGAUAAAUUCCAAUUUUGUGAAUAUUUAUUCUGUAUUUACACCAAUAUAUUUUCAAGGUAAAGGAAUUUCCUGGAAACUGAAACUUUAUUACAGUUAUGACACAUGACUACUGUGUACUUGAUGGACAUUUAUAAAAUUUAGCAUAUUUUUGCAGUAAUAAAAGCAAUAAUUGUAUAUGUAAAUUAUUUGAAAAUGAACUGCUGAAGAAUCUUGUAUAUGUGUAUUAUCUGGUAAAAGGAGGCUAUUUCUGUGCCUUGUAAAACAUGGACAGAAGCCAUGACUGUUGUGUGUUCAUUCUUGACUUAGCAAUAAAUCCGUUAUAUGGAGGACUGAUGAUAAAUUCCGGAUGCUGUGAUCAGUAAUGAAGAAUUCCAUCUUAUUGCCAUAAAUUCUUUUGGCUGAGCUAUUGUUUCAUAUUGCAGAUGGAAGUUUCUUCAUAUUUUAUGUAGUGAAAUGAAACUGUAGAAGGGGAAGGAAAGAGUUUUCUGUUUGGUUUUAGAAAGUUCUGCAAUAUUUCACCUUUUAGAACACUUCUUUUAGCUAUUAGCUGGUACUGUUCUGAUGGAGUUGCAAGGAUAGUGUCAAUAUACUGGGAAUAGUAAAGGAUUCUUGACCACUCAAAUGAGAGUUGUGAAUUGUUUUUCAUGGUACUCUGAGUUGGAAAACAAAGCACAUAAUUUCAGUGUCAUCCCUGGACUAGAGACGUGGUUACUGGUUGAACAAUAUGAGAUAUUUAGUCAAGAAAUAUUACAGUUAAAAGAGUGCUCGAGUAUAAUGAAAGAUCAUUUGGAUUUCAUCUUGCCAUUUGUUUAUUUACUUUAUAGAAAUAGUCAGUUUAAUUGUUUUUUGUUGAGUAGAAUUUUAAUCUGUCACACAUUUGCAUCCAUAUGUAAAUUAAUAAAACAUAAUAUUGUCGGGUGUUGCCUAUGUAACGCGACAAAUAAAUUCUCAGGUUUCGCGAAUAUUUAUUGGACGCUCACUUCUACACAUUCAAGUACCAUUAUUCACAGUCACAGUUAUUAUUUUGAAGCCAGCUGUAGACUGACUUCUACAAGCUUCAAAUGUUCUUAGCAACCUCUAGAACUCAACUAAAAACCUGACUGGUCUUGUUGAAGCUGGACUUUUAUAACCUGGUCUCGGACGGAAUAUAGUGCUUAAGGUAUUCCUUGGCAACAACCCACUGGUAUUGCAUUCCCAAGGAAGUAUACAUUCUGGAUUCCUGGUGGCACAUGACAAUAUAUAUCCCUAUAUCUUAACCUAAUAUUCUUUUGUGAAACAUGUUCUUCUAUUCAUCUUUUUCACUAAAGUUUUCUCCAACUAACAGAUAGUGAAAGGGUAUAUAACUUGAAUGGUGCUAUAGUGCAGAAUAUUAAUAGUAUAUUAAUAUAUAGAGAGUUUUUUUUUAACUGAGGAUGAACAGUUUUGCAGUUCUAGAAAGAACUUUAAUUCACUUGGGAACUAAUGGCCAAAUGACAAGUGAAUUUUAUUGUGUGUGUGUGUGUCUAGUUUGAUGAAUAUUACAGAGUUGAGAAUCUCUUAAGUGCAAAUGUAUGGAAUACAGCAUGUAAGCAAUUCUGGCUAUUUAGAUUUAAUUUUGCCUGCUCUCUACAGCUGUGCCAAGUUUUAAUCUCAUGGUAUUUCUCAGCUUUUAAUUUCUGAAACCUUAACACAGUUUCCUUGGAAAAGUGCUGAUAUCCAGUCAAUUUCUGACUAGUGUCAGAUGUGUGACGU